AUGAUACGAUUUGGCUGCUCGCAGCUUGUCAUCGAACGUCUAGACCCCCUGGUAAAUCCCGGCUCCACGCCAUCGCCGCACGUUCACCAGAUCGUAGGAGGGAACUCCUUUAAUUCAAGUAUGGACCCGACAACGCAUGAUCUCGUCAAAGAGUCCACUUGUACUAGUUGCACCUUUUCCGAAGACUUUUCCAACUACUGGACGGCGGUCAUGUAUUUCCGAGCUCGCAACGGAACAUACAGACGCGUGCCCCAGUUUGCGAACGUUGGACUGCGUGCUGUUGGCGGCAUCACGGUUUAUUACAUACCGCCAUAUGACGGAAAGACCAAUGUGACAGCUUUCAAGCCAGGUUUCCGCAUGCUCGUUGGAGACGCCGCACUUCGUAAGGCCGACGGUAUGCAGCGACAGUUAUGCCACCGUUGCUAUACAACAGAGUCAGACGCCGGCGUUCCUGGUUCGGACCAGAACGGCGCACCCUGCACCGGGUCAGACACUCAGAGCUUGCCUCCAAAGCCAUGCAACGGCGGUAUUCGUACUACUAUUACUUUUCCAACCUGCUGGGACGGUAAGAAUGUGGACAGUCCGGACCAUAAGAGUCACGUUGCGUACCCUCAAUCCGGAUCCUUCGAAUCGGUUGGCGCCUGCCCAGAAAGCCAUCCCGUAAGGUUGCCUCAACUGAUGUACGAAGUCAUGUGGGAUACCCGUCCUUUCAAUGACCCGGAACUAUGGCCUGAGGAUGGCUCACAGCCAUUCUUUUGGUCGACAAACGAUGAGACUGGAUACUCACAGCAUGGCGAUUACCUCUUUGGCUGGGAGGGUGACGCGCUCCAGCGUGCUCUAGAUGCCCGUUGCAACAACGCCGUUUGCAAGGAGCUCAAGGUUCAGUCCUCUGAAGACGCUAUGAGGUGCACCAAAGCACAGACUGCAGUGGAGGACGUCGACGGAUGGUUGGAGAGUAUUCCAGGCAACUAG